UUCAAGGUGCCUUUGGCUUUUAAGACGCUCUCUCAGAGAAAUACAACCCAGUAGAGUAGGGUGAGUUUUCUUAAGUUCGAGAUUCUUUGUUACGCCGUCCUGGCCUUUAGGAGGCAUGCAGCACAGAUUAGUGUGCGAAUCACUUGUUUCCAAAAGAUAUUUCAGUCGCACCACGUGAAAGAACUAGUGGACUUUAUGAAACAAUUACUCCUGCCCUAUUCACGCGAUAGGAUUCCAGCUCAAGUGAUACAGUAUUUUCAUAAUUUUCCCAUGAAGUAUAUCCUGGUAACUGGUGGUGUCAUUUCGGGUAUUGGCAAAGGAAUUAUUGCAAGCAGUAUAGGUACCAUCCUGAAAUCAUGUGGCCUCCGAGUAACUGCAAUCAAAAUAGAUCCCUACAUUAACAUUGAUGCUGGCACGUUCUCACCAUAUGAACAUGGUGAAGUUUUUGUACUAAACGAUGGUGGAGAAGUUGAUCUAGACUUGGGAAACUAUGAAAGAUUCUUAGAUAUUAGCCUUUACAAGGACAACAACAUCACCACUGGAAAGAUCUACCAGCAUGUCAUCAAUAAAGAAAGGCAUGGAGAUUACUUGGGAAAAACUGUUCAAGUUGUACCUCAUAUUACUGAUGCUGUUCAAGAAUGGGUAAUGAAUCAGGCAAAAGUUCCUGUGGAUGAUGAUAAGAAAGAACCACAGAUAUGUGUAAUUGAAUUGGGUGGAACUAUUGGCGAUAUUGAAGGAAUGCCCUUUGUAGAAGCUUUUCGACAGUUUCAAUUUAAAGCCAAAAGAGAGAACUUUUGCAAUAUUCAUGUCAGCUUAGUACCACAGCCUAAUGUUACUGGUGAACAGAAAACAAAGCCUACUCAAAACAGUGUCCGUGCUUUAAGGGGACUUGGUCUUUCUCCUGAUUUGAUAGUCUGUAGAAGCACUAAACCUAUACAAAUGGCUGUAAAAGAAAAAAUUUCAAUGUUUUGUCAUGUAGAACCUGAACAGGUAAUAUUCAUCCAUGACGUUUCUUCCACUUACCGAGUGCCAAUCCUUUUGGAAGAACAAGGCAUAAUUAAAUACUUUAAAGAGAGGCUAAGCCUACCAAUUGACGAUCAACCAAGUCACCUUCUUUUCAAAUGGAAAAAAAUUGCAGAUAGGUAUGAGAGGAUGCUAAACAGCUGUUCUGUUGCUCUAGUUGGGAAGUAUACAAAACUGAGUGAUUGCUACACCUCUAUUUUCAAGGCAUUAGAGCAUUCAGCUAUAGCAAUUAAUCACAAGCUUGAUCUAAUGUAUAUAGAUUCAGCAGACCUCGAGCCUGCUAUGGAGGCUGAGAAUCCAGUGAGAUUCCAUCAGGCCUGGCAGAAGCUAUGUAAAGCAGAUUGCAUAUUAGUACCUGGAGGCUUUGGCCAUAGGGGAACUGAAGGAAAACUUCAAGCCAUUUCAUGGGCAAGAAAAAAGAAAAAGCCUUUUCUUGGAAUUUGUUUGGGAAUGCAGCUGGCAGUAGUGGAAUUUGCAAGGAACUGUCUAAACUGGCAAGGUCAUUGAUAUGCCUGAACAUAAUCCUGGUGACAUGGGAGGAACAAUGAGACUAGGGAAAAGAAAAACUAUCUUUAAGACAAAAGACUCUUUGUUAAGGAAACUUUACGGCAAUGAAGCUUUUGUGGAAGAACGACAUAGGCAUCGCUAUGAGGUAAAUCCUGAAUUGAUUCACUUCUUUGAAGAUAAAGGCUUGAAGUUUGUUGGGCAUGACACAGAAGGAAAGAGAAUGGAGAUAAUUGAACUGGAUGAUCACCCAUAUUUCAUCGGUGUUCAGUUUCAUCCUGAGUUCUCUUCCAGACCUAUGAAGCCUUCACCUGCAUACCUUGGCCUUUUACUUGCUGCAACAGGAUCACUCGGCACAUACUUGCAACAUGGAUAUAAAUUGUCUCCUAGUGACAGUUAUAGUGACAUGAGUGAAGAGAAUUUUCCAGAAAAAGAAACAAGCGUAACAUGUUCAGGAGUGCAAGAAAAGCAUAGAGAAGACAGAUAAAAAAACAAGCAGAAGAAAAAAGCAUAAUUGAAAAGGCCAUUCCAAAGAAGAAAAACUGAUUAAGUUGGAGAAGAUAUGCAGCUGCCUCCUACUGAAGGUCCCCAUGUUCUUCAGAAUGUUUCUGCUGCCUCAAUGAAAAACCAGUUCCAUUUCAACAUUAUCACUCUCUCUAAACUGCAUAAAGUCCACCUCAUGCUGCCUCAUCAUUUCAAGUGAAUUUGUUAGCUUUGUGCUAGAGUUUGGUGGUAAGGAGGGUGUCAGAAUUCUAUAUUUCUGGAUUAUUUAAAACAUGUCUUUCAGCCUAUUUUUUAUGCUGCAGUUAGAAGGACAUUUGAUGCACUAUAACUUUUUCCUUAAGAAAUGCUUAUUAUAUAUAUCAUUGUGUGCACAUUUCUGUAAAUAUUUCUUCCUAGACAGAGUUAAUGUUGAUUGGGAUAAUGAUACAGGGAUCCAAGAUAAUGAGCUGACAAAGUUUGGCUUAAGAACCAGUCUUCACUACAAAUUCAGCUCCAGUCCUCUUACAUGUGCAGAGAGUAAUGAGAAAUAAAAAUAAAUAUAAAUCUGUCUAGUCUGUUUACUUGGUCUUCUUGUUUCACACUUACCCAGACUGCUGUAAGAUUGAAAAAGAGUCUGCCUUUUCUAUGGACAAGAUAAGCCACCUAUAACGUAACCCUAUAUUUCAUUUCUUAGUUUUUGAUCACUUUCCUUUUUCAGUGGAAGAAAAAAUCCUUUCUUUUUAAGAAUCUAAAUGGCUGGAAGGAAAAGCAAUGACUCUUUUUGAGGAUGAGAAAUAUGUAAGAAACUUUAAAUAAAGAU